UCAUCUUCAUCUAUCACCGACGGACGAGCAGUCAACUGAUCAUUGCCCACAAUUCACAAAUCAUUCAUUCAUUCAUUCAAUUAUCACCUACUGAAAUUAUUGUACUCCGAUGAGUGAAGAAGGCAAGCCAAGUUACCACCACCAUCACAAGGAGGAAUACGCGGAAGCGCCGCCGCCGCCGCCUCCUCAAUAUGGGACUUUCCAAGGGGUUGCGAACUACCCUCCUCAACCGGUGGUUGGUUUUCCUCAGCCGACUGCUCCUCCUGGGGCCACCGGAGCUCCACCCGAGUUCUACUCUCACGGCUAUCAGGCCGUUCCAGGUUAUGCGGUUGUGGAGGGAACACCAGUGAGACCGCGCCGCCUCCCUUGCUGUGGUUGUGGAUUUGGUUGGUUCUUGUUCAUUAUUGGUUUCUUCCUUGUUGCUAUACCAUGGUAUCUUGCCGCAUUCAUUCUGCUUUGUGCGAGAGUGGAUCCUCGUGAGAAACCAGGGUACAUCACAUGCACCAUUGCAGCUGUUCUUGCUACAAUUGCCCUCAUUUUUGGUCUAACUGCCGAUUGAUCGAGGAUUUGCAUAUAUAGGAUGCUCUUCUGCAAGGUUAUAUGUACAUAUCCAAACUCUGCUCCAAUUAUAAUUUCGUCCUGUACGUGUUGUUGUUGUUGUUAAAACUUUUACUUGUAUUUAUUAUUAUUUUUUUUGGGAGAAUGGCUUUAAGAUACAUACUUGGAAUUGCUGUGAUGUUUGACUACUAACAUUGUACUUCAUAAGAUUUACUUGUGCUUGUGUGUGCAAUUACAAAAACCAGUGCCUUUGUCUC